CCUCAUUAAUUGCAUAUGACACAUUUCGGACGUAGUUGUUGCUGGCCGCUCGAAGCAAGUAGCGCAGUGAAAGUGAAAAUAUUUUCAUCACUUUAGAGGAGAAGUCCGUCGUGAUUAGAAGUGAAACUUAAGCAAAUAGUUCAGUGCGACAUAAGAAACUAUAAGGAAGAUGGGAAAUGAAAAGAAGAGUGCUCUGAGCCUUAAGGUUGUAGGUAUAAAUCUGGCAUCAGGAGGAUCAGCAGGUUUCACUGAGAUAUGCAUCAUGCAUCCCUUAGAUGUGGUGAAGACACGAUUCCAGAUUCAGACAAAAGGAGUCACUGGUGAUCCAAAUUAUUACACCUCAGUUUAUGAUUGUAUGCGGAAGAUGGCAAGAAAUGAGGGGAUUUUGUCUCUUUAUAAAGGUGUCAUCCCACCUGUUCUUGUUGAAACACCAAAGCGUGCUGUAAAGGAAAAGUGGCAACAAAAUGUGCAGAAGUUCUUCAUUGGCCUUGUAGCAGGAGUUUUAGGGUGCUUUGUCAACAUUCCCUUUGAUGUUGCUAAAAGCCGUAUCCAAGGUCCUCAGCCAGUUCCAGGUGAAAUAAAAUACUGCACUACCUUUGGGGCCAUUGCCACAGUGUAUAGAGGGGAAGG